AUGACACUUUUCAACGUGACCCUCAAGGACUCUGCUCCUCAGGAGCAGCUCGAAAAAGCCAAGGAGGAAGCCCGCAAGAACGGAGGUACUAUCAAGCACGAAUACAAGAUUAUCAAAGGAUUCACUGUCGAGUACCCUGAUGACCAGGUUAACGUCCUUGAGACUAACGAACACAUACACGUCGAGCAGGAUGGCAUGGUGUCCACCCAGUGA